GCCAUGCGACCAGUUGAUCCUGAAAUUUUAUCUCAAAUAAAAAACAAUCGCGGAGUUGCCCCAAAGCCGUCUGACAUGGGUCCCGUCUGGUGCCCAUAUGACCUCUCCACUGGAACUGGAGGGGAUUUUGAAUUCUCAACCCAUCGAAGAGCCAAAAAGCCUCUAAGCAAUCUCCAAAAGAUGUGUCAGGGUGUUGAGUAG